UAGCCUCGAAACCUAAUACAACAGAUGCAUGUAUUAAGGCUAGGAAAAUAUUUAACUCUCUGUGUGGUAUUGGAAUGUAUAAAUACGGGCUUAACCCAAUCACAAGUUCUAACAUUUGGAAGCGUUUUAUAAUGCCUUCAGCAUUCUAUGGUGCCGAGUUAUGGUACGACAUAUCCAAAACAGAAAUGAAUGAAAUGGAAAUUGCUCAAAAAUACGUUGUGAAGCGCUUUCAAGGUUUUGAAAAGAGAACACCUAGUGUAAUGGCUAUUAGCAGUAUGGGAAUAUGGACAAUAAGUUCCUUUAUCAGUAAAAUGAAAUUCCUUUUUCUAGGGAGAUUGUUAAGAUCCAAUAGGAAUUCAACACAAAAACAAAUGUUUUUAUGUAGGCUCAGUAGCUUAAUAUCUAGAGAAUGUCAAUUUAAAGUGAACAAAGGCUUUUUACAAGACCUUAAAAAUCUAAACCUUCCUGCCUUGUUUGAAACAAUUACAAACUACAUUGACCAUGGCAUAUACAUUCAGAGCAAGGAUAUCUGGAAAUUUGUUGUUAUAGAAGAAAUUCAAACUCAACAAAAACGUCAAUGGGUACAUGAUUUAAGCCAAGAUUCUAAAUACCUCAGGUUUGCUAACACCCACGUAGACUAUGAGCCAAUUAUUCAUUGGAAACUUGGGAUAAUGGAUCCCUCCAGAUUAUGGGAAUAUGCCCAAUUAUUAUAUCUCAUGGUACUCUCUACUCAAGAAGAGCAGUAUUGCCUAGCCUGUGCCAAAACAACAAACGACAUUGUAAAACACUUCAUUUUAGAAUGUUCAUCUCUAAGUGCAACAAGAGAUAUAUUUUUUGAAAAGAUUGUUAAUCUUCUACCUGUUGAAGACUCAAUUAACAUCUUAAACUCUGACGAUGAUGUCUUAGUAGAAUGUUUAUUGGGUAGUCGCACAGAUGUACUACAGAAUUACGAUUUUGCUGAAUGGCAACAAUUCAUUAACCUUAGUUCCAAUCAAAUAAGCGCUAUGCUUAAAGAAUUCACGUCGUAAGCAAAUAUUACCUUGCCUUACUCAUUUCGCCACAUAUUGUUAUUUUGUAUCUAUUGUAUCUAAUGUAUAUAUUGUAAUUUAAUAAUUUGUCUUUUGUAUUAAUUUGCUCUCCAAAUUGGAGGAAAUAAAGAACCAUACCAUACCAUACCAUACCAU